AUGGCCAAAAACCAGAACUCUCUCUUGCUCCUAAGCUUACUUCUGCUGCUCGCCUCAAGUGUCCGCUUGGCGCUGUCUGAGACCGGCACUGCUAGUUUCACCAAUGCUCGUUAUUCUGAGCAAUCGUGCACGGAUAAAGCGCCCGCGAUCACGAUGUACACCGGAGUGUACGACAAGCUCUACGGCAACGGCGACAUAUGCGGGGCAAAGUACAGCGUUACUUGCAUCGGCGGGGUGGACGGCCAGUCGUCUCCCUGCCGGACGACCAACCCCGUCGAGGUGACCGUCACCGACAGCUGCUCGCCGGAGGCCGAUAACAAGCCUUGCCCUACGUUUGUGCUGUCCGCAAAAGCGUUCGGACUGAUUGCCAAUCCCCAAGCUGGGUUCGCUACCAUUACCUAUGAACGGUGA